AUGUCUAACAUAUUUUCUGGAAUUAACGCUCGAUUCCGUGGCGGCUCAAACAAACCGCCCGGCCCUCAAAAGAGCCCACCGCCCUCAGCCGUUGGUCAGCAUCCCGGUGCGCCAGUGUCCGACACCAUGCAGCAAUCAGGCCAGCCCUCGACGAAUUUUGCUCCGAAAGUACCGCCACUGCCAAACUCCCCAUCUCUCGCUCAGACUAUCGGCAUGGACGAAUCCAGCGGCGUCAUGGCUACCGGUGACGAUAUUAUCAACUCAUACCACCUACCUCGACCCCUACCCCUCUGGGUGGACGGUAACUACACCAAGCACAUCGUCAAGGGCAACUUCAUGACCCUCAGUGCUCGGCCGAAAACUGUGGAACAGGGCGAGUGGGUUGCUCACCAGAUUGUUGAACAUUAUCGCAACCUGUGGAACUUUGUUCGUGUGCUUCAUGAAAAGGAGGAUGACGGUAGCACAAUAUGUAGCGCGGCAACGUGCCCUCGCAUGUCCGCUGGAGCAAAUCAUUCUUUUACGUGGCUAAAUAAGAGGCAAGAGCCCGUUGAGCUGCCGGCGAUUGAGUACAUGACGCUGAUGCAGCGUUGGAUCUCGGGCAAGGUCGACGACACAACCAUAUUCCCCACAGACCCAUCUGGAGUUUCAUAUGCUCACAAUCCAGCCAUUACCACGACCCCUCUCUCUCAGCUUACUAACCCUGGCGACCCUGACUGGAUUGGAAAGCGAUCAGGAUUCCCAGAGAAGUUUGUCGAUAUAUCGCAGAUGAUCUUUCGCCAAAUGUUCCGCGUAUAUGCCCAUCUAUACUGGGCUCAUUUCACGGUGCCAUUUUACCAUCUCAACCUAGAGAAGCAACUCAACAGCUGUUUCUCACAUUUUGUGCUUACAGCCACGGCUCUUGAUAUGCUCAAGCCGCAAGAGCUGGAGCCUAUGCAGCCUUUGCUCGACAUUUGGGCCGCCAACGGCACUUUCCCCCCAGAGUCCAAGGCAUAUGAAUACGCCAAUCUCCGUGCCGGAGAGCGGCUCCUCGAACUAGCCGGUGUCGAGCUGGAGGGUCGGUAG